UUGGCAGGUGAGGAAACAGAGGCUGGGCGAGCUCUGGCCUGAAGGCACUCACUGCCUGGCGAGCCAGCGGCGUUACCCCCAAACCACACGACCCCGCCCUGGGCACUAUGGCCUGGGGGCUGGUCUGUGCCCUCCUCUGCACUUCACACGGCCCGGCCCGCCCCCGCCGAGGCGUGAGGGAUGCCCUGAGCUGAGCGCAAGGCCAGACAUGCCCCGACGUCACCCCAACCCCUGGACCCAGCAGGUGGCGCCCAAGGGACUCCCCGGAGACGGCGCUCGCCGGAGGAACGACCCGCUGCUGCCCAAGCUGCCGCUGCCCCAACCCCGAGUAGUAUCUAGUGCGGGGGCCCCCACGGGCUCGAGGGCCUCAGGGGGCGACGAUGGGUGGUGGCAGUCCUCCGGGGGCGGGUCCCCGCGCCCGGAGCUGGGGGUGGGCGUCAGGAGCGCCCCGCGGCGCCUGCCCACCCUGCCCAUCGUGGCCCCGCGGGCGGCUCAGGACUCGACGAAGCUGAGCUCGCUCCUGCUGCCGCCCCUGCUCCUGGCCGGCGCGCCCCGGGCACCCGCGCCCCGGCGCCCCAGGCCUGAGGGAGGCGAGGACCCCUGCAGCCGCUCGGCCAGGGAGGCCCCGCACCCCUUGCUCGCGCUCCUGGGGGAGCUCGUCCCCAGCAAGUUCCGGGUGUUCCUGCAGCGGCUGGGGGCCGAGUGUGCCCUGGCGACGCAGCCGACAUCCUCAGCUUGGCAAUCAAAAAAGAGUGUGUCGGGGCACUGCCAGCACCCUCUCCAGUGUCCCCACUGUCCAGACCUGCGGGGCCAGUCAUCGUACUUGCAGAAUAGUCUUAAGAAGAUUGGGCUCCAUCAGAUACCUGCCCUGGGGACCCUGAGGAGAGAUCACCCACAAUUCGCCACCCUCAAAAAGGCCAACCACAGGCCCCACGGUGUCCAGGCCCCCAAGCUCAAGGCUGUGCUCACUCAUGGCUCCUUGGGAGACGGCUCGGGGAAGCGUAGGCGGUUCUGCCCCUUCCGCGUGCGAUUUGCUGACGAGACGCUGAGGGACACCGCGCUUCGCUACUGGGAGCGUAGCUGCACAGUCCAGCAGGGCCUCGUCGCGAAUGGGCUAGCCACCCGAUCCACGGCCUCAGAACGGGUGUUCCAGAGCGUGGGGAGAUGGCUGGAGACUUGCCCCAGAGCCCCGUGCCCCAGGGCCGAGGAGGAGGCUGCGGCCAGCAUCUGGCCCCCCCAGAAGCCACAAGGUUACCUCUCUAAGGAUGCAUCCAUGAACAGCAGUCUGCACUUCGUCCCCAGGGCCACCACCCAGAGGCCGCAAAGUGGCCUCAAAACCUUCCUGGGCACCCACAGCAGCCUGGAGCAGGUGGACGGACUGCCCGGCUCCUGGGGCCAGAAGCUGGCUGUCGUGGAGAACCUCCCCCCCUGGGCCCGGGGAGCUCCCCGUCCUGGCCAGAGGCCCCACAGGGCCCAGCUGGUCCCCCCCUGUCGCUCCAGGAGUCCUUCCUGCCCAGCCUGGUGCUGCACACGGUCCUGAAGCAAGGCUGCCCUAAGGACCGUGUGCCUUCCGAGAAGGCACAGCAGCCUCACAGGUGAACGGAGCCCAAGCCCGUGGACGCGGGCCAGAGGGUGAGAAGAGCCCUCCUUGCCCCGCGAAUAAACGUACAUUCCGGGUGGCUGGGACCUGCCGCCGGGUUUCACCCUA